UAGGAAUGCACAGGGGGUGGUGGAGGGGUGGCAAUGGAGCCCCCGAGAUCGGGUUUCUGCGAGGGCCCGGUGCUUGGGGUGUUUGGGGCCUUGGGGUUUGUCGGGUCGGGCGACAGGGGUCGAGCGGGGCCACGCGCUGCAUCCGCCUUUUCGCCGCAUGCAGGACACGUGAGGACCGCUGUCAGUCAUAUCAAUGCCAGCCCGAUGACGCGGCAGGGGGUGCACGAGGGACGCGCACGUGUGGCUAGGCGCAUUGCGUUCUAUCCAACAAGCAUGCAGCCACUGGUUGAAGAGGCUGUAUGUCAUGUUUCCGGGCUAAAUUGAGGAAUUCGAUACUCAUGUGUGCUUGUGGAUUGCGGGUUCGGCCCCGGCUGACGUGGCCGACCCAAAAGCCACGGUUACCGUUACUGGCGGUUGAGAGCGGCCGUUGAGAUCGUGGCUUGUCGGGCGCCUCACUCGGAGCGCGGUAUGCUGAUAGCCAGCCCGACGGAUGCCCGCGCGAAACCCGCGCUGCAGGCUUUGCAGCGGAGCGGGGCGCGGGCGUCGGCGGGACGGCCAUGGCUGGGAAUAACGAGCGAGAGUGAGGACGUUGCCGUCUGCUCACGCACUAAUAAGGCGGUAGCUGCGGCUUUGUGGCUCGGCGCAGGAGCAACCAGAAUAAUAAAAAAGGUCAACUGCUACCGUAUACAAACAACAAGACGCGGGCUGGGGUUAAUUUUCCGGCCCGCGGCCACCAGGAGAGAGAGCGUGGGGCUCCAGGCAGCGGCGGCGCACGCACAUUUGUGGUUGAUUGCCUACUACCGGUACUCUAUGGCUGUGUUGAGAAGCCGCAUUUGGAGCGGACGUGCAAAUGGCAGAAAAGCAACGGCAUGGCUCGGCGGAUAGUAGGUAUAUCUUGCACAGCAUGUGGCGUCUGUCAUUCUGUGGGUCUGGGCGGCUUGAUUCGUGGGGUUGCCAGUGCAUUGGAGUGUGCGGCAAAGGGGUGUGUGCGUGUGUAUAUGUAGCGCAACAGGAUCGGCUAUGAAGGAUUGAGUGUGAGCCACAUUGUAUGAGCUAACGAGUGCGCUCGCACACCGCACUUAAACACACACGCACAGUCGCCGCGCUAACACGGCGUCGCACGAAAUAAUGAUGGGCUAGCCGGCGGGUGCGGUGGCGACGCAUGUCGCCCAAUCAAUAAGGAACAGGCAAGCCGGUGCGAUGGACGUUGGAGACACGAGCUUGUGGCGACUGAUUGUGCGUGUGCAUGUGUGUACGCGUGUGCGCGGCGGAGUGGGUGUCUCACAUAUACAGAACAGUGGCUGCAGCAAAACGUUUUAAAUCCUGUUGUU